UUAAUUUUGGAAAUUUGUUGUUUCUAAUUAAUAAAAUAUAAAUUGUGCUAUGUAAAACAGAUGCACAAAUGAGCAUUGAAUUGAAUACAAAUUUUAAAAGCGAAUGCCGCCAAAUUACUUCACAUUAGGAAAAAUGUGUAAACUUCAUGCAGCGAAAAUUCCUUUGAAUGGACACAAAGCAAACCAUUUCUAAUCAAAACUUUGAAUGUGCAUCGUGAAAAGUUAUGUUAAACAAACAAAAAAAGAACGUACAUACAUACAUACAUAAGGAAGAAUCAAAACCAAGUAAAUUAAAGUACGUUACUGAGCUGAGGCAACGAAAAAAAUUGCAAAAAAUUCUUGUGAGUGAACAGUUGCUGUGAUAAAAGAGUACAAUGGUCAACUUCACAGUGAAAAAAAGAACUUCCGGAAGGGAAGAUUUUAGCUUUUGUCCAACAUUGGGAGCGAACAAAAAGCCAUAGAAGAAAAUUGAAAUAAACAAAUGUGUAUAAGGCAAACAAAGCAAAGUGAAAAGUAAACAAAUGGAACAGUGUUCUUCAAGCUGUGCUAGAAGCAACGGAUUUGCCUAUGCAGCCAAAGGGCGUUUUAUGUCCAGAAAAAUGGACACAGGCGUAAGAGAUUGUUGGUAGGCUUCCGCCUCUGGCAUUAGAACUGACUACAUAGCUGAAGCGAACGAGCUGGUAGAUAGCAUUUUUAUUUCAGGCCUUUGCAUUGGUAGACUAAUAUUUCGCACAAUGAGUGACUAGGUAGGUGGUAAGUCAAGGAUUAAAAUUGUAUGUGUAACGCCUGAUUGACACAACGGCAGUACAUACAUACAUACAUACGUGGCAUAAAUGCAAAAACCGGAAAGAAGUUGAACUUCAGAGUUAUUGAAAAGUAAAAAGUAGUGGGAAUAGUUUUGGAAAAGCUUACUAUAGAGGCACAAAAAAGCUGAAUCCUGCAUAAGCUCUGAAAGCUGAGAAGACUUAUAGGAAAAUGUUAUGAAAAAGUAAACACAAUGAACGUAUCAAUGGCAUAUAAUAAAAAACCCAAGAUAGAUUCAAAAGUCACGCGCUUUUGUACCAAUUGCGUGAGAAGCAAUACUAGUUUGUACUAUCAAAUGUGCAACAUGUACCAGUGCCAAAUUCACUCGAUCGACAAAGCUUGAAACAUUCUAAGUUCACAGGAGAGAAUACGCUUAAAGUAUAAAUUACAUAGUUAUGGCAGCAAGACAAUCAAGCGUAGCCACAUAUCUCUAUAAAGGGCAACAACAAAAAAUUGCAUCAACAGUCGCCUCUAUUUAACAUCACUUCCGCACUGAGCAAAGAAAACCCAAAAAGAAUUUAAACAAAAAAAAAACGCCAACUAUGGAAUUUCCAAUUGCGCUUCAGCAUCAGCAGCAACAACGACUCAAUAAAGAUUAUCCGCCAUCACAUACGCCCAAUAUGAGCUAUCCGCCAAACGCGCAAUCGCCGCAUCCACAAGCAUAUCCCUCCGGCUAUGGCGCAUUUGGCAGACCGGCACAUUUUAAUAGCACAACAUAUGCAACGCACAUACAACAGCACUACGCUCCCGAACAGCACCAACAACAACAACAACAACGACAGUACUAUGACAGUGCAUACGGGCGGCUAAUUGCUGGCAAUAUCUCUGCCAGCAGUGGACCAGUUGACAGCGCUUACAGCAAUCGUGCACGUUACUUGUCCUAUCAGCAGUCCCUGCCGCCUCACUCAAUACGGGGUAUGUACACACCGGCUGGACAGCAAUUAAUACCGUCAAGUGUGCUGCAUUACCCACCACGUGGCUCACCCUAUCAGCAGAGUGCGCUGCCGUUGCAGCAGCCGCAGCGUUCCCUAACGCAUACGCCAUAUGCUUUACCACAGCACACGCAACCGCAAUCACAACCACAAUUACGACAGCAGCAACAAUCGCAACCACAGCCGCAUUUGCAGUCGCAGUCACCACUACACCAAACAAAAUUAUUCGCGGGGAAUGAAUCGCCACAAAUGCGACUUUAUGGUGACGGUCCCAAUACGGCGCUAGUGCAUCAAAAGCAAAUUUAUACGCCAGCAGCGCGGUCAACACCACAUUUAAUUGCCCAUUUGAAUGGUGGCUCACCACCAGCAACGCCAACACCAACGCCACCAUCACCGGCGCCAACAACAACGCCCCCACCGCCAAAUGUAGUGCGGCCACCAUCAACUGACUGUAGCGCCUAUACCAUGCAACUGCAAAGGCAACAACAACAAAUACAACUACUGCAGCAAUAUCGGCAACAUCCGACUUCACAAUCGCCCUCCUCAACGCCGCAAAGACUAUUCAAUAAUACAUUGUCUUCGCCACGCACAUUCGCAGCACAACAGUGUCAAGCGCUUUCCCCUAAGCUAACCCCACCCAUAGUGAAAAUAUUUCCGGCGAGCAGAGAAUCUUCCGAGUUGCCAACAAUAAGCAGAGACGCACGGGAGUGCCAAGAGGAGGAGGAGAAAGAUCGGCAGCCUCCGCAUAGCGUAACUAAUGUCCCAGCUAACAGCGCUGCAUCAUAUUCCGCCACCAAUUUGACCAGCACAAAUACUGUUUGUUCUCCACGAUUGACAGCGAGCUGCAACAGUAGUGACUGUUUUACCACCUCACCGCCGCUAAUAAGCGCCACCGGCACCGACAGCGGUAUCAGCGUGAGCAGCUGCAGCACGCGCGCCCGCAGUGACAGCACACAAAGUACGCCUGUUUACAAUGGCGAAUAUCCAAUGUCGGUGGGCUCGUCGUCUGGUGUGUCCUACCACUGCGCGGAUAUAAAGGAUUUCGAGGAAUUUGGCCGAGAGAAAGAGGAACAAUCAGUGUGCGGUGUGCUUAAUGAAAAUGAAAAUUUGAAAUUAAAGCAGGAAAUCGGCGAAGGCGAAAUUAAUGACGAACGAUUAAAGGGGAGCACCAGUGAUGGAGAAAAUAUGAUAACGUCCAAUAUAAAGAAAGAAUGUGGAGACGCUGAGCCUUUCGCAACUUCAAGUACAGAGGAGAAAAGGACACAUUCCGAUGAUAAAAGGAGCCAAGAUUAUGUGGAGGAAAAUGUGUCUGCAUGCCGCCUGGAAGUUAGCGCCGCUUCUUCGAGUACACCCCUAGAUUCAACAAAACAUUUUCCAGUUAAUUCACCAGCGGCACAACUUCCAGAAGCCAAUAUCACAAAAAAAUCAAAUGAUUCUCCCCAUUUAGAUGCGCAUAUGAGUACAUCAAAAAAUGUAGAACGUAAAAGCGACUGCAAGGAGCACACAGAAUUGCGACAGCAAAAAGAAACAGAAAUAGAAGAAAUCACACAAAACACUGAAAAUGUGAAAACUAAUUUCUCGAACAGCAUUAAUGCAGCGUGGGCAUCAUCAACGCCGCAGUCACCACAUCAGAACCUGAAUUUCGAACACACACAGUUGUAUCAAUACGAAUUACCAUCUCCACCUGUGCCACCAGCACCUCCACAGAACUCGCCAGUCGAUUACAAUCCCACAAUCAACACUACUAAUAUGGGUACAUUUGCAUAUAGUGCACUGCCAGCAGCGACACCAUUGAAACCACCUACAAAUGCAGCUGCUGCUGCAGCGGCGGCAGCAGUGGCGGCAGCGGCAGCAGCAGCAGCUGCAACAAUACGCACGAAUAGAAGUCGAAUAAUGGAAGGUGAUUUGAUACCAAGCAAAAAAUCGAAACGGAAAACGCACCUUGUGCCUGGGAAAUGGCAGAAAGACAAUGAGGAAGUGGAGGCGAGCGAAGGUGGCAAGGACAAACGGGAUAUGACACCCUUGCCGGGCUUUCAGCAAGCUUUUGGCUCCACAGAAAUCGGUCGUUUCUUCGAAACAUUUCUAUUAAGUCCGCCUGAUUGUCAUAGUUUCAAUGACACCUACGAAUCUUUCAAUGUCGAAGAGCAAUUGCAACAAAUGCAUCAACAGCAGCAGCAACAGCAACAGCAACAACAACAAAAACACCAAUUACAAAUGCAACAUGAACAGCAACAGUUGCAGCUUAAACAAAUUCAUCAACAACAGCAGCAACAACACCAACAGCAACAGCAACAGCAAUAUGCAUCACACGAUUAUUUCAGUCGUAGAUACUCGGACAAUAGCGGCUAUCACACACAACGGUUGCAUGCCAACUAUCCCCACCAGCACCUGCCAGCUACUCACCCAUACUACAGAGGUCAAGCGCAUCCUCCGUACCCGCUCAAUAGCGGCAACAGCUAUCGUGACAUGUGGUUGUAUGGCCGCCGCGCGCCCUCUCCCUAUGACUUGCCUUACGAAUACGGUGGCGCUCCAGCGAGUAGUGGCUCCCCUGCGUCGCCUUAUGAAAUGCCUUUGAGUGCUCGAACGCCCUAUGGCUCUCCGUACGAUAGAUUGGGUUAUAGUUAUGGGCGGAUGAAUGGCAGCUUUAGUGGCAUACGCUGUAACGGUUAUUGAGAUAUAGUAACGUAAGUCAAGUAUUAAAUAAAGUAGUAAAUAUUUGUAGUUAAAAACAAAGAAUGAGCAAUUUUCAAACACAUUUUUCCAAAAUGCUUAGUUGCAGAAAUAUGUAAGUAUGUACAUAUUAUAUACUAUAUACGUAUGUAUAUGUUAGAAGUAAUUUAAACAUACAGCAGUGGUCAUGUGAACGGUUAAUAUAUGUGCCUUUUCGGACAAAAUUCUGGAACGUCUUCUUCAGUUCAAAUAAAUAGGAAGCAUAACCAAAUUUUUGAUCAAAAUUACAAAAUUUAUGAUAAAAUUAUUCAAAGUUGCAUAUUUCUAUUUAGAUACAUACAUACAUAUAUAUGUGUGUAUGUAUUUAUAACUUUUUACUUCUAUCCUAAAUGUAAGUGGGCGAAUACAUUUGUAUGUAUUAGCGGUAAAAAAAACUAUGUAAAAUAUAAAAAUUGCGUGCAUACACACAUACACAAAUUGUUUCUUGUCACAAAAAAAAUUUGAAAAUUAGCAAAGGAUUAAAAUCAAAACAAACCGAAUAAUGCAAUAGUACAAUUUUGAGGUAAAUAUGUAUGUAAAAAGAACUAAAAAUACAAUUUAUCAAUUUACAAAAUUAAAAGUAAAUCGAAAUUUGAAUUAAAAUUAAGUAAUAUGUAUAAUAUAAAUAUGAAUUCUAUAUAUCGUAGCUAUCAUGUCAAACUAUUGAAUGUGAAAAUGGGUACUUUUCAGGAGAGCAAAAAAAUUGUUGUAAAAAAUGUUGUUGUCAUUAGAAAAAAGUGUCCUCUGCUUCCAAGAGGACUAAAUUCAAAGAUUUGCCAACUUACGUAUUAUUCUAAGCGCAUGCGCAAGAUAUCGUAAAUGAAAUAGCAUUUUAGCACAUUCAAUAGUUUGACAUGGUAGCGACGAUAUGUAAAUAGUAUGUAUGUAUGUAUAAUUAUAUUUAGUUUUUAGUUUUUAGUUAUUUUGUAUCUCGAACGAUAUGCCGCACGAAUGAUUCGUCUGCAGCUGACAUCGUCUCUGAUUGCAAUUUUAUUACGCUAUCGGUCAUCUUCGUUUUGUUUACGUCGAUUAGGUUGCAAUCGUCUCGGUUACAUUUAAACCGGCUAGAAUUAUGCCGCCGGACUAAUUUUUGAGGCCUUUCUCUGCAGACGAAUCGUUCGAGAUAGAUAAUAAGGCUGUAAGUCUGCCAAAACUGAAUUGAGAGCAUACGGAUUUUGCCAAAUCGAGUUCAACGCUUUUACACACAACACCUUAGCUGAUCUAUGAUUUGGCGUGGAAUGCUUGGUCUGAGCCCUCUCUAGCCAAAUGAUUUUAUUCUUCAUCUUUUAUGGCCUAUAACUGCUUAAGCGACUUCGUUUCUCCUCUGUACCAACUGACGCCGAUUAGAAAUUCCAAGUGAAGUCAAAUGCUCCUGCACUGGAUCAUUCAUCAGCAGGUUCCGCGUUUAAUACCUUUAAAGCCGGAGCGUUUGUGCGACGGAGAAUACCUGGUAUAUGGUGGAUUUACCAGAGCCACGGCUACACUGAUAAAUCCCAAUCAGUUCGUUUACGGUGGGCUUUAACCUUUUACACAAUACGCUCGAUAAGAACUUGAAGGAAACGUUUAGAAGGCUGAUCCCGCGGUAGUUGGUACAUAUGGCAGGGCAGCUUUUCUUGUGGAUUAGGCAGAGCAGACUUUCUACAUACGAGUUGAUGCAAGCACCUUAUCAACUCUACGUCACUCUAUUUGAAUAGCUUAGCUGGGGCGCCGACAGCUCCAGCAGCUUGGGUUUCAUCAGCCAAGAAAUUACUAUUCGUACCUCGUCGUAUUCGGUACGGCGGCUCAUGGACUCCUCUCGCCAUCGACUGGGAUUCAGAUCAAUCUUCUGCACUACUUCCAAUGUGGUUGGCAUUCCAUAAUUUAAGCAUGGUCGGGUUAUCGGUCUUACAGGAGGUCUAGAAUCCUUCCUUAAGUCGCCUGAUUUUACAACGCUUUUAUCAACUUGCAAUGUUGUGGGUCCAGAAACUUUCAAUGCUGUGGAUCCAGAAACU